GAGUUAUUUAUGGUUUAGACAAAAAGGCUAUUGUGACACAAAGAAAAACAAAAGAUGGUCGUAUAUACAAAUUUCAUUGUUUAGCAAAAUGUGGAAUAGAAUAUACACCAAAUCAAGAAUUUUCUGGGGCAUAUUAUCCUGUUUACCCUGACCAAAAAGGUAUAAAUUUCAAGGUAUAUUGUACACCAAAAAAUGAUCAAGAAUUUUGUAAUGAAUCUGGUAUGGAAUUGAUUGGAGAGUUGUAUAUUGAAUUACCUGAUGUUCAAUUAAAACUUGAUAGAUCUGUAGAGUUUUCUUUAAUGUUUGGUGAACUACUUAUUAAUGCAUCUGCAUGGAGUAAAAAAUCAGGAAAAGCUUGUAAAACUACAUUUCAUUAUGCCAAACGUGAUGUUUGUGAAGCAUCAUUUUUAAGAAAUCUCUAA